AGAGAGAGGUUCAGUCCAGGCAGGUGUCACCGUCACUUCCUGCUGCAUCUUUACAGAACAUCUUCCUCCGUGAGUUGACCGACUCGUGUGUGAUGGAGAGUGAAGCCAGAGGAGGAUACCACUGGACAGCCAAGCGGCUCCGGAUCGGGGAGGAGGCCGGGGGAGAGGAGCCCGAGGCCGGGGACGAGGCAGCAGGGAGCCAGGGGAGUGCAGAGAAGGACGGCGUGAAGGACAGUCACCGCAUCGCCCCGUCCCCCGUCGUUCACGUCCGGGGGCUCUGUGACGCCGUGGUGGAGGCCGAUCUGGUGGAGGCGCUCGGCAAGUUCGGCAACAUCUGCUACGUGAUGAUGAUGCCGUUCAAGCGCCAGGCUCUGGUGGAGUUCGACUGCGUGCAGAGCGCCGGGCGCUGCGUGACGCGGGGAACCCGCGAGGCCGUCUGCAUCGCCGAGCGCCAGGCCUUCUUCAACUUCUCCACCAGCCAGAGAAUCAGCAGACCCACCAACACUGACGACCCCGCCAGUGGGAACAAGGUCCUGCUGCUGUCCAUCCAGAACCCGCUGUACCCCAUCACCACCGAUGUUCUGUACAACGUAUGUAACCCGAUCGUCAACGUCGUGCGCAUCGUCAUCUUCAAACGCAACGGCAUCCAGGCCAUGGUGGAGUUUGGGUCCAUGGAGGACGCUCAGAAGGCCAAACUGGCUCUGAACGGAGCCGACAUCUACUCCGGCUGCUGCACGCUGAAGAUCGAAUACGCUCGGCCCAACAGACUGAACGUCCUCCGCAAUGACAACAGCAGCUGGGAUUACACCAAACCCUUCCUCCUGCAGCGAGAGCGAGGAAAAGGGAGGCAGCGUCAGGCCAUCCUGGGAGAGCAUCCAUCCAACGGCUACGGCCCACAGCGCCCCCUGCUGCCUGCCAACAGCCGCUACAGGAGGAGCAGUGAGGAGGUGCACGACAUCGUCUCCUACCCGCUGAUCCUGCCUAAGACUUCCUCCUCCUCCUCCUCCUCCUUCCUGGGCCACGCCGCCUCCAGCUCCGUCGCCAUGAUGAGCGGCCUCCAUCCUGCAAAGAUGAACUGCAACCGCAUCUUCAACCUCUUCUGUCUGUACGGCAACGUGGAAAAGGUGAAGUUCUUGAAGAGCGUUCCCGGCACGGCGCUGGUGGAGAUGGGAGACGAGUACGCCGUGGACCGAGCCGUGACUCACCUCCACGCCAUCACGGUGCUCGGGAAGAAACUCAACGUCUGUGUGUCCAAGCAGCAGGCGGUGAUUCCCAGUCAGGAGUUUGUUCUGAGCGACGGCAGCAGCAGCUUUCAGGACUUCAGUCUGAGCAGAAACAACCGCUUCAACCAAUCACAGAGCAGCAGGAACAUCAUCCAGCCAGCGUCCGCUGUCCUGCACUUCUACAACGCCCCGCCCACGCUGAGCCAGCACCUGCUGCACACGCUCUGCACCGAACACGACGUUCCCGCCUUCACCAAGUUCAAGAUCUUCGAUGCCAAACCAGCCAGCUCUAAGACUCUGUCUGGUCUGCUGGAGUUUGAGAGUAAAACUGAAGCUGUGGAGGCUCUCACCGUCCUCAACCACCAUCCAAUCAGAACACCCGACACCUCCAACCCCUUCACCCUGAAACUCUGCUUCUCCACCUCCUCCCAUCUGUGAGCCAGGAGAAGGAUGGCCGCCGCCGCAGUCCUCGCCGCUGCAGGACAAACCGUCGAACCAGAGAGGAUGUUGAACUCUCACACUCAUUAGAAAUCAAAUCAAUAAAUGACUUAAUCAUCCACGAAAAGACCCUUUCGUAUAGGCCCAGAUAUACUAGCUGUUGUUUAGUAAAUCUAUCGCUGACAUCGCUGUAUUCGUCCUCUGUAUAGAGACUUUUUUUUUCUACCAAAAAUUAUACACGCUGGUUAGGGAGUACAUGGCUUAAAGAAACUGUUCAAAGGGGGAACUUUAUUGAAAAAAGCUUGAGAACCAGUGCACUAGGGGGCAGAUCAGGGCCAUAUAUCAUCCCCGGCCGACACCAGAAGAUAUUCCUGGGCUGGAGGGUGGAACAGCUGCUGACCAGCCUGUCAGAUGAUAUGCUUCCCUGCACGUUCAUGUGCUGAAUUGCAUCUCACGGACGCAUAGCGUUAAUUUCUGAAGACGUACACAGCCGGCAAAGGAUACACGUGGAGGCCAUCUUACGUACGCAAACGCAUAGUUAAAAGCAACUAUAUCUGGGCCUUUAGAUAUCAGCCGUCACUGUAUUAAGAAUAAAUCACACAGGAGACGGCGGUUUAGUCGGCGAUGUAUUUGUUGUUGAACCAAACUCAGGGAGGAAUCGCACCAGUUAGAUGUCAGAGAGACGAAAAUGUCUUUUAUUUUGUAAUAGUUCAUGUUAGUUUGGGUUGGUUUGGCAGUUUGUGUUUUUUUAUGUAACGUAGUUUGCAGUUGACAAAGCUGGGUUGGUGGGUGUCAAUUUAAAGGGUAACAUUAACUUUGUUUUGCAACCUGGACCCUAUGUUCCUAUGGUUUUGUGUCUAAGUGACUGAUGGGAACAACAACUUGACAUUGUUCCAGUAAUAAGGCAAAACAAGCUACAAUCUAUGUUAAAAGUCCAAUUACACACCUUAAAUUUACGUAGCAAAGAUGCUGUUUUU